AUGGGACAUUUCUCGUCGAUGUUCAAUGGGUUAGCUCGAUCCUUCUCGAUGAAGAAAGUGAAGAACAACAAUGGAAGUAGCGACGCAAUGGAAGCUGCUGAUGAGAUGGCGAAAGAGGCGAAGAAGAAGGAGCUGAUUCUGAAAUCGUCUGGUUAUGUUUGUGCACAAGGAUCGAAUAACUCGGCCUCUGUUUUCUCCAAACGCGGCGAAAAAGGCGUUAACCAGGACUGUGCCAUCGUUUGGGAGGGAUUUGGGUGCCAAGAAGACAUGAUAUUCUGCGGAAUAUUCGAUGGACACGGUCCAUGGGGUCACUAUGUAUCCAAACAAGUAAGAAACUCGAUGCCUUCGUCGCUUCUCUGCAACUGGCAAAAGACUCUUGCUCAAGCCACGCUACUAGAGCCCGAGCUCGACCUUGAGGGCUCAACUAAAAAUCUCUCGAGAUUCGACAUUUGGAAACAUUCGUUUCUCAAGACAUGUGCAACGGUUGAUCAAGAGCUUGAACAUCAUCGCAAGAUCGAUUCUUACUACAGCGGUACUACCGCUCUAACAAUGGUUAGACAGGGUGAAGUUAUUUAUGUGGCGAAUGUUGGCGAUUCACGGGCGGUACUAGCCACGGUUUCAGAUGAAGGAAGCUUGGUUGCGGUUCAGCUCACCCUCGAUUUCAAACCAAAUUUGCCUCAGGAGGAAGAGCGGAUAAUCGGAUGCAACGGGCGGGUUUUCUGUCUCAAAGAUGAGCCGGGAGUCCACCGUGUAUGGCAGCCGGACGCAGAAACACCGGGGCUCGCAAUGUCGAGAGCGUUCGGAGACUACUGUAUCAAAGAGUAUGGAUUGGUCUCAGUUCCUGAAGUCACUCAAAGACAUAUCUCUACUAAAGACCACUUCAUCAUCUUGGCUAGUGAUGGGAUAUGGGAUGUGAUAUCUAACCAAGAAGCUAUAGAGAUCGUCUCGUCCACAGCUGAGCGGCCUAAGGCGGCUAAGCGGUUAGUGGAGCAAGCGGUUCGGGCGUGGAAGAAGAAGCGACGAGGCAUCGCCAUGGACGAUAUUUCUGCGGUCUGCCUCUUCCUUCAUUCCUCUUCGUCAUUGUCAUCUAUAUCACAAGACGUUCAUCAUGCCACCACUUUUAAGUAA